AUGUGCCAGCCCAGCCCGACAAUAGCUGGCUUCCUCAGGCAGGCGGAGGACAACCUAGCACUGCUGAGAGCCCGGGCGCAGUUUACACCCCGGAAAGCUCGAGAAAAAGUCGCCGAGGAGAGCCCAGGAAGUGCUAGCGCUCGAAUGAGUCAAAGGUUAAGAGCCACGGGGUCCACUCGCGCUUCACCCCGGCCACAGGAGGAGCCAGCCGAGCUUGAGCUGCAUGCCGUGCACGCGGGUACGCUGCGCGAUCUCGAUCGAAAGAUCAGAGGCUUCGACGCGAGGUUCAAGUCCAUGGAGAAGGCUGUGGCUUCUGCGGCGGAUUUAGCAGCGGCCUCCUCGAGGUGUGGCCGUGAUGGCAUCGAGGCUGCAACCGCGGCAACUGCAGCGGUGCGCGUGGAAGCAGAGGCAAAAUGCCGCGAGCUUGCCCAACGUAUUGAAAGCCUAGCCGUUCCCGGACGUUGGGGCAAGGACCUGGAAGUCAAGAUCGACACCAUGGUCCAGGCAUCUCUCGACCACGAUUUGCGGUGUUUGGAGAGGCGGCUCGUGGCCCAGUUCUCGAAGCGCCACUCCGAGGUUCUGGAGGCAGCUGAGCAGAUGACCUCUGAGCUGAAGGCGGAGGUGGGCCAGCAACUGCAGGCUUUCAAGGAUGGCAGGAUCACGGCAGCCUGUGGUCCAACCCGCCCGGCGGAGGCCUUGGCCUUGGAAGGACGCCUGCGGCUCGCCGAGGCAGACCUGCAGCGUGCACUGCGGGAUGUUGACGACUGGGAGCGGGCAACGAGGCCAACCCACCACGAGCAGCGCAUCGACAAGCUGGAGGCUGAUCUGGCGAAGCUGUUUCAACGACUUGGUUCAACAUCUGACAUGGGAGUUCAGGACCUCCGCGCGCGGCGUGGAGUUCCAGAAGCUCCGUCAGAAGCGGAGCGUGACAAGGCCAGCCUCGAGUCGAGAUUUCAGCAAAGAAUCGGCGAACGAGAAGAGGAUGCGGGGUCAGCGUUGCGUGUGCCCGUCGCAGAGCGUACGCUGCAGCCCUCGGAGCUGCCAUGCGACAGACUCGGAGAGCUCGCUACAAAGGCAAGCGGGACCGUGAAUGUCGAGCAGACAGCGGCUGAACUUGAGGUGGCUUCCAAUUCUGGCACGCCUUCAGCGCCUCCCUCCCCCUCGAUGCCAAGUCGGCCGGUCGUCCCAUUUCAGCCACCAAGCCGACGCCCGACACGACCGUUGCUCACUGUGCCGGGGCCAGGGGUUCGGCGCAUGUCUGGCAUCCACGUCGUGGAAACGCCGAGCUCCACAACCUCACCCUGCGAGUGCCCUGCAUCCGAGAUUGGGGCCGAGCAGGCUGGACCGACUGCCGAGGCAUCUGCUGGGGCAAGGAUCUGGUCACAAUCUGAGAGGCACAAGUACAGUGGACGCGCAGGGAAUGAGAAAGGGAUUUCUUCUGCGAUGACCUGCUGGCUUUGGCUCACAGCACGAAUUCACCGAGUUGAAAAAGGCUGCAUCCCAGCCUUUGGCACUUCCUUUGGAAUCAUGUGCUUCGCUUCUCACAUGGCAGUGCAGGCAGUGCAGGCUGGCCCAAAGCCGCAACCGCGCCGAAGUCACAUCCGCCUCUGCAAGUCCAACGUGGGAAGGCUGACGGCUGCGGCCGUCGCUGCCAUGGCAGAGACGACUUGCAGUUCUUCGAAGCGACGCAUUCGGCAGCGCCUUCACAAGAAGUUGGGCUCCAUACUCACCAAAGCAGAGUUUGCUGAAGCGGUAGAAGUCCUGAAGGAUCUGGAAAGGCAAGCGCUGCUGACCAGCCAAGCGUCGGAUGAAAUCAUGGCCAUGUCCUCAAAUCCUGACGGCAGCGAGGCGAGCCGAGGUUGUGAUUCCACUACAGGGGAAGAAGACGAGCAUCUCGAGAUGCAAGCACGAUUGCUGACGACACCACUUCCAGUAGAGAGAACCUUCAUCCACUUCAAAACGUCUGUCCAACCGACUCGCAGACGGUCCCACUCCGUGUAG